AUGACAAUGCUUAUGUGGAAUGUAAGGGGGGCAAACCAAAGGCAUAAACAGAAAGAGUUAGCUAAAUACAUCAAAGACAAACACAUAACACUAGCUGGAUUUGUAAAGACUAGAGUUAAACAGCAUAAAGCUUCUGUAAUUGCCCCUAAAAUAGCUCAUAACUGGGAACUGGUGCACAACUAUGACCAAGCAGCUAAUGGUAGAAUAUGGAUUAUGUUUGAUACAAACACUUGGCAGGUGGAUACAGUGGUUAAGGAUGCACAGUUUAUUCAUUGUAAUGUUACUAGCACUAAUGUGAAUUGUGCUAUGAUUGUGACAUAUGGAUAUAACAGUGUAGACUUGAGGAAAGGACUGUGGCACAAGCUAAAGAUACUGGCUCAAUCUAUUAAUCAACCAUGGUUCAUAUGGGGAGACUUUAAUGCAAUUAAGACUACUCAAGACAGAAUAUCAAGACAGGAAGUAACAUUGGCUGAUAUCCAAGACUUUGCAGAAUUCUGCUUAGAUACCAUGACUACUGAUAUUCCUUGGAGGGGAGACUAUUUCACCUGGUCUAAUGGUCAAACGGGAGUGGAGAGAGUAAUUAGCAGAAUUGAUAGAGCACUAGGAAAUAAUGAAUGGAUGAUGAAGUUUGGGCACCUAACAGUUGAAGUGGGAGAUCCAUUCAUAUCAGAUCAUUCUCCUUUGUCCCUGAAGUUUGAACAAAGGAAGUCUGUAAAAAUCCCAUUUAGGUUCUUAAAUGUUUGGGCUGAGGAUGAGGCAUUCCAAAGCAUAGUUACUAAAGGAUGGCAAGGAAGACAACAUCAGUGCAAACUAGUAACCAUAUGGAAUAGAAUGAAAGAAAUGAAAGCAAAUUUCAAGAGUUUAAACAACAGGAGUUCAGAGAUGCAGCAGGGAAAAUUGACCAAGCAAGAAGGGAGAUAA